CGAUACGCUACUGCCUAGUAAUAAUCUGCGGUUUUAUAUGAGAACAGUUCGCCAUGUUCCGCCGAUUACGAAAACUGACGAACAUUUAUAAUGAUGACGUCUUACAAUGCAUAGACGUCACGACGUUGCUCAACAACGUAAUUGUUUACCAUUAUAACUACAAUGAUUUUGUUAGCAAGCUUUUCAAUUCGUGAAGAAUGUUGUACAAGAAGUCAACAGUUUCGAAGCGUUUCGUGGUCCUGUGCGCCAACCCCGACACCGUGCGAGAGAUCAUGAUCCGCGCCCACGAGCUCAACUUCGACAACGGCGAGUACGUCUUCUUCAACAUCGACCUGUUCAGCAGCACGAAGGACAUCCGCCAGCCGUGGUUCCGAACCAACGACACCGACGUCAGGAACGACGCGGCACGCGCAGCCUUCGAGUCCGUGCUCACCAUCACCUUAAGAAAGCCAACCAGUCCGGAAUACCACGCGUUUUCUGAUGACGUCAAACGCAGAGCAGAGAAAAUGUACCCAAACUUCACAUAUGGUGAGGACGAAGUAAACAGUUUUGUUGGAGCGUUCCAUGACGCUGUCAUACUGUACAGCCUUGCCCUGAACGAGACUUUAGCUGACAAUGGAUCUAUCUCCGACGGCUGGGCCAUCACCAGGCGUAUGUGGAACAGAACGUUUCAAGGAAUUACCGGGACCGUCAGCAUCGACGACAACGGCGACAGGAACUCUGACUACUCUUUGUUAGACCUCAACCCCGAGACGAGCACAUUUGAGGUAGUGGGUACAUAUGACGGACGUCGAAAGCGCUACCUGCCAGUCGAAGGAAAGAAAAUACAUUGGGCGGGGUCUAGAACUACUCCGCCCCCAGACACGCCCAUUUGUGGAUACGAUGGGUCUAAGUGUCCUCCGAAAGAACCGUUUCCCGAGUAUGGAAUUGUGAUCAUCCUGUUGGGCUCCAUCCUCAUAAUCGUUCUUAUCUCGGUAUUCUUCAUAUACAGACACAUAAAGCUGGAAGCUGAGUUGUCGGAGAUGAAUUGGAGAGUGAAAUGGGACGAUAUCUUAUUCAGCUCGCCUGAAAGAAACGUGAUGUUGGAGAGGCAGGGGAGUGGAAAGAAAAUAUCUCGGAAAUGCUCUCUGAUCAGUACAGCGUCUGGCGACACCAUUGCGGCUUUCGGCGAUUCGACCAGCAAACAGCUGUUCACAAAAACAGGUUAUUACAAGAAUGCCAUCAUCGCCAUCAAGUCCAUACAUCGAUCCAGUUUUACCAUCAGCAAGCCUUUACUUCUUAACAUAAAACGGGUUAGGGAUCUACAGAAUGAUCACGUGGUCAGGUUUAUAGGCGCGUGCAUUGACCCGCCAAAUCAGUGUAUAUUGACAGAAUACUGUCCUAAAGGAAGUUUACAGGAUGUCUUGGAGAAUGAACAGAUAAAGCUGGACUGGAUGUUCCGAUAUUCUAUUAUGCAAGAUAUUGUCAGAGGGAUGGCCUACCUUCACAACAGUGAUAUCCGUAGCCAUGGCAACCUCAAGAGCACAAACUGUGUAGUAGACAGUCGAUUUGUCGUCAAGGUGACCGACUUCGGUCUCCAUUAUUUCAGAGAGAAACACGAAUCCAUGGAGGAUGUCAACACAUUUGCAUACUAUUCUAAAAUGUUGUGGACCGCGCCGGAACUUCUACGACUGGCCUGCCCUCUACCGGAGGGGACACCCAAAGGCGACGUGUACAGCUUCGCGAUUAUCUGUCAGGAAAUAGUUUAUAGAAACGGGGUUUUCCACCUGCACCAAAUUGACAUGAGUCCGCUGGAAAUCUACGAGAAGGUGAAAAGCGGAGUGAAGCCUUACUUCCGGCCGAUGUUGGAGGACUUCGACUGUCCGUCCGACGAGCUCGCCGCCGUCAUUCGCCGGUGCUGGUCGGAGGAACCCACGGAGAGACCCGACUUCCACGCGCUCAAAACCAUCAUCCGAAAACUCAACAGGGAUGGAGACAAAGGCAAUAUACUAGACAACUUACUAUCACGUAUGGAGCAAUACGCUAACAAUUUGGAGGCGCUGGUAGAGGAGAGAACCGCAGACUAUCUAGAAGAGAAGAAAAAGGCAGAACAUCUACUCUACAAUAUGUUGCCGAGGACGGUGGCCUUGCAGCUGAUUCGUGGAGAAGCUGUGAGGGCGGAGGCAUACGAAAACGUCACCAUCUACUUCAGCGACAUCUGUGGGUUCACAGCUCUAUCGGCGGCGAGCACACCUAUGCAGGUGAUAGAUCUCCUAAAUGACUUAUAUACGACAUUUGAUUCCAUCAUAGAGAACUUUGAUGUAUAUAAGGUGGAGACAAUCGGAGAUGCGUACAUGGUGGUUUCCGGUCUGCCGGUCAGGAACGGUAACCUGCACGUGCGCGAGAUCGCCCGGAUGUCGUUGUCGUUACUUAACGCUGUGCUGUCUUUCAAAAUACGUCACAGGCCUGACGUCAAGCUCAAACUGAGGAUCGGUAUACACACAGGAUCCGUCUGUGCCGGUGUGGUUGGGUUGAAGAUGCCUCGAUAUUGUCUGUUUGGAGACACCGUCAACACGACGUCGAGGAUGGAGUCAAACGGACUUCCACUGCGAAUUCACGUGAGUGAGGAAGCGAAGAAAGCUCUGGAUGACUUCGGAACUUUCGAACUGGAACUUAGAGGACCAGUAGAAAUGAAGGGUAAAGGGACGGUGAUCACGUACUGGUUGCUAGGAAUCAAUACUCCUAAACCGUCAUGACGAGACUUGACCUCUAUGCAGUUUUCAUACGAACGUGUUUUAUAAAACUCUGCAUGUUAGCACUGACCGAUCAAAGGAAAGGAAUGUGGGGAGUCGAGAACAAACAUCCCAGUGUCCUUCAGAAACGGAUGCUAACAGAAAAAGAGUGUGUUGUAUAUAGGGAUGGAUAUUGUGAGAAUUGUCGCUGUCUGAGUCACGAUACGUAUAUAAUAUGAAAGAUGUACCGCAAAUCCUCUAAUAUAAGCUUUUAUUUAUUUAUUUAUUUAUUUAUUUAUUUUUAUUUAAUUAAUUAAUUUUUUUAUAAAAAAAAUUCUUAACUCUGAGACUUGGCCUCUAUUCAAGGUAUUUUUCUCGUUCCAACCAGUGCAACACAACUGGUCAAAGGUUGUGGUAUGUGCUUUCCUGUCUGUGGGGAGGGGCGGAACGUAGCCGAGUGGUAAAGUGUUCGCUUGAUGCACGUUCGGUGUCUCGUACCAGCCAGUGCUUCCACAACUGGUAUGUCAAAGGACACAGUCAUAGUGAAGAAUCCCACUACAUUUUUUCCAUUAGCAGCAAGGGAUCUUUUAUAUGCACCAUCCCACAGGCAGAAUAGUGCAUACCACAGCUGUUGAUAUAUCAGUCGUGGUGCACAUCCAAUAGCUGGUGAUUAAAAUAUCAAUGUACUCUAUUGGUGUCGUUAAAUAAACCAAACUUUCUUUUUUUCUUUCUAUUUUAAUAUGUUCAUUUCGUCGUUAAAAAGGCUUUCUUAUACCCCCGUUGGUGAUAACAUCAUGUGUUAUUUUUCAUAACACAGGGUUGUUUACACACGUAUGUGUGUUAACAAUUUCAAGACAUACGACUGGCUACUCCUAGGUGAUGACCAGGUCACCAGUGCCAUGAAUCCAAUGAAAAGCAACACGCUGGAAAUAGAUUAUACUGUGACGUACAGUUAACCGGACAUUCAUGUGUCUGUGACGCGUAGGUUAGCUAUAAAUGCAACGGCUGUAAAUAACGUUUAGUCGAUAAAGAUGUUAAAAUUUGCUUAAAACCUAGGUUUUGAGGAUAUGUAAGA